GUGUCCUCGACGAGUGCGUUCCGACUCGGUUAAUAAACGGCAAAAUCGCGAGGCACCCGUCAUUGCGAUAAAGUCAACAUUAACGUCCACACCGCGUGAUUUAAAAAACAAAUUUGUGUGCUGGUGUGUUUGUUUGAGAUUGCCAUUGUUUUUUGUUUUUUUAUGUUUAGUUAAAUUUGUUUAUUAUUAUUUUUAUUUUGUAACCAAACGUCGGACGUUAACAAAAAAAACCGAGCAGAUUUUCGAACAAAUUUUUGAUUAACGAAGUACUUAUUAAAAGGCACUCACACAUACAUAGAACAACCUCGGCCUUCACAGUAGGUACAGCCGAGUCAUGGGCAAACUGAGCGGCUCCGUAGUGAUCAACGUGAAACGGCCCGUUUACCAGCUGGAGGAUCUCAACGACGUCUAUAGCAAUGGCGGCGACACCAAUAUGGAGGAGACCGGCAAACGGAAAAAAGUGUCCAAGCUGAAAUGGUCGGACGCCAAGUCCGUGGUACCGGCUAUCGACUGGCUAUUCACCAACUACAACUGGUCGGAGGAUCUCUUUAAAGACUUUGUGGCCGGAUUCACCGUGGCCGUCCUGAACAUACCGCAAGGCAUGGCGUACGCCAUGCUCGGAAACGUCGACCCCACCGUCGGUCUGUACAUGGCCAUAUUACCGGUAAUCGUUUACAGCUUGUUGGGCACGUCCAGGCACGUAUCAAUGGGCACGUUCUCGGUUAUUUGCUUGAUGACCGGCAAGGUAGUUAACCAAUACGCCAACGUCAACGACAAAACAGCCGCCGUGCUUGCUAAACCGUUUACUGACUCGGUGUCGCAGGCGCACGUGCCGCUGUACACGCCCAUCGAGGUGGCCACUGCCGUCACCUUGAUGGUCGGGCUCGUGCAAAUACUUAUGUACGUCUUCCGGUUGGGCGUGGUCUGCACGAUACUGUCCGAGACUCUAGUCAGUGGAUUUACGGCCGGUGCCGCCGUCCACGUGGUCACAUCUCAAAUGAAAGAAAUGCUAGGAGUGAAAAUCGGAAGUCACAACGGGUUAUUCCAAAUCGUGCUCACGUACUGUGAUAUCGGAAACCACAUAAGCUCGCUGAACGUGGCCACGGUCAUAGUGUCCUGCAUGACCAUAGCGAUGUUGCUCAUCUACAACUUGCACGUGAAAGCGUGGAUCAACAAAAAACUGUUGAUACCUAUACCGAUAGAACUGAUCGUCAUCAUUAUCGGGUCGGCCGUUUUCGAGUUUACUAGCCUAUCCACCGACUACAACAUUAGACAAAUCGGUGAAAUAGAAAGAGGCUUACCGGACUUCAAGCCUCCGCCGGUAAAUUUACUGUUGAGCGUGCUUACCGAGAGCGUUAUAAUCGCCAUAGUGGCCUAUUCCAUUACCAUGUCGAUGGCGUUGUUGUUUUCGGAAAAACUAAAAUAUUCAAUAGACACCAACCAGGAGUUGUUGGCCCAGGGCGUAGGCAACGUGUUCGGUUCGUUUUUCUCUUGUCUUCCGUUCGCCGCAUCGUUGUCCCGAAGCGCCACCCAACAGACUGUGGGCGGCAAAACCCAAAUGGCCAGUAUCAUAUCGGCCGGUUUGCUGGUGGCCGUCGUUCUGUGGAUUGGCCAUCUGUUCCAGCCACUUCCCAGGUGUGUGUUGGCCGGCAUUACCGUGGUGGCGCUCAAGGACAUCUUGCUGCAAGUGUUUGACAUUUGCCGCAUAUGGAAAACGUCGAAAAUGGAUGCCAUCAUCUGGCUUGUCACGUACCUGACGGUCAUAUUGGUGGAAAUCGACGUGGGCCUGCUGGCCGGCGUAGUCGUGUCGCUGUUCUUCGUGUUCAGCCAGGGCAUCGGCAGCGGCGUGUACAUACUGGGCCGGAUACCCGACACCGAUUUGUACGUGGACAUGGCCAGGUACAAGAAGGCGGUGGAAGUGCCCCGACUCAGGAUCAUCCACUACUCGGGCAGCUUGAACGUGACCAACCGGAACGUGUUCAAGAAAAAGAUCACCGACAUAUUCUCGCGGUACGACGGCGGCGACAUGGUGCCCAUCACCAUAUCGAUAAACAACGGCAAGGAGACGGUGGUGAAAACUCAGUGUGUCAUAUUCGAUUUGGCCGGCAUGCACUACAUCGAUACGUCGGGCCUGUCCAUGUUCGCUCAGAUUGUCGACCAGCUCAACGGAGCCGGCCUGUUCGUGUACGUGGCUGCUGUUUCGGGGAACAUCUACGACUGCAUGCAAUCGCCUAGAUUCGGUUCCGUGCACUUUUUCCCGUCCGUGCACGACGCCGCUGUUUAUUAUUAUAACCAGGACAACAGUAGUUGAUGUUUGCCAUGUAUGUGUCCAUUCUUCGACAACCUAACCGUCAAUCGCUUCCACCAAAAGCGCAUUAGUCUCAAUCCUUCGUUUCGGUCGACCGCUAAUUUUUUAAAUUUAAUUUUAUUUAUUCAUAUUUUUUAAGUGUUAUGUCGUUAAACUGACGGGUGUUGUUUUAAUUGUUUCGCUACCGAUUGGACCGACAGUAGUGUUAAACUGUAGAUAAAUUUUGAAAUUCACGUCAACGCUCCUCGUGGUCUUAGCGCGGGUUCUCGGGUAUACGGAACGAAGCUUGAUUAUUACAUACACUUAUCCCUGACCUACACAAUAUAGUAUUGCUCCCUUUACGAUUGCUCAAGAGAUUCUCUUAUCGGUCGGACGUAUAUACGGGUUUUUAGUUCCUCUAUCCAUCCCCGGGUAAUAAUUACUAACUUACCGGUUAACGGAUACCUUUUGAAUAACGUCCACAUUACCGUCGAUAAGGUAUAAAUAGCUAUUGGCAAUAAUUUCAGCAACGCAAAGACGAACACAUCAUCAUCUUGACCUUCAAUAUCGUUUACUGUAGGCCGUUUCAAUUGCAGGUCAGAUAUAGGAGGUAUCGUCGGACGUGGUUAAUCGGUACACGUGUUGUUGUAACGAAGGUUCCUUUUUUUUAUUACCAAUUAUCAACGAGCCGCAAGGGACGUCAAGUUGCUGUGGUCGGAUCGAAAACGCCGUCUGAAAUUAUUAUGCACUAACGCGAUUUGUGAAGUUGAUUCGAAAUUGACCAUAAAUAUCUAUUGAAACGAACGUUGAAGACCUUGUUCGGAUUUUGCGCCAACCCGAUUGUCGAUAGAGUAAGAGAGAGGAACCAGGCCAGUCCGACCUAACUCGCCGAAGUCAAAGGAAGUAGGUUUGAAUUAUUUUUCUACUGACAAUUUUUAUCAGAUUAUCGUCCGAUGUUUAUAACUGACGAUGGAUGAUCAACAAGACGCAUAAUGUUUAAAAACAUUAGGUUGCUUCCGCGGUUGGGAUGGGGUUUGUUUGUCUCCAUUCGAGUAACGGUUACAUACGUUUUUCUAAUUGUAGAAUAGUUCUGGAGAGGGAUAUAGGGUUGAUGUUGAUGUUUUUUUUGAAAAUCUUUCUCGCUAAAUCGACACAAUAGACAUACUGCACGCUUUUCCUGGGAAACGUUUGGUUUUCUCUUGGCUAUAUGUCGCGUUCCUUAAGCACAUACUCAUCUUGAACCGUGUAAACACAAUUCAGACGCAGAUUAAUAAUUAUUGGUUUUGGCGAAAGCACCCUGACUUGCGUUUGACACCACCGAACCCCCCUACGAGAGUACCUAUUAUUGUUAAUUAAAUAUAUUAUAUUAAUAUACUAAUAGUAUGUCGACUGCGGGCUGUGUUGUUUAGUUUUUUUACGGGUUUUUGGUAAAAUAUUUGUAUAUAGAUUUGUUUUUUCUUUCUAAUAUAAUAGUAAUCUUUAUAUUUUAUCGUCAUUCCAUUGUGAUGUUAUUUGAUAAAAUAAUUAUUAUCUUUACUUGUAUGUAUAUAAAUUAUAUAAUAUAAUGAUUGUUAUGAAAUGCUAAUAACUAAUAG